GAGACUCCAAACACCAGCACACAACAAAACAAUAAAACAAAAAUAAAGAAAAUAAAAAAACUUUCGCACUUUGCUUCUUCGUCUUCUUUAACGUUUUGUCCUCCUUGAUCUUGUUUUCUUUCCCUCUAUAAAACCAGGGUGGGGUUUGGGUUUUUCACCAACCCUAUUCUCUUGUUUUCUUGUUUUUUUGCUUUUUUGUUUUCUUCACAAUAUGAGGAAGAAACUAGAUACUCGUUUCCCUGCUGGCCGGAUGUUGUGUAGUGCGGUUCAAAGUGGACUGUGGUCCCCCUCAAACUUUUUCAAACUCCAAUGCUAGGAUUAAGAAAAUUAUGCAAGCUGAUGAGGAUGUAGGGAAGAUUGCAAUGGCUGUGCCUCUUCUAGUUUCCAAAGCACUAGAGCUAUUUCUGCAAGAUUUGUGUGAUCGAACAUAUGAGAUAACUCUAAUGAGGGGGGCAAAGACCAUGAAUGCUUUUCAUUUAAAACAGUGUGUACAGACUUUUAAUGUCUUUGAUUUUCUGAAAGAUAUUGUCAGCAAGGUUCCUGAUUUAGGUGGUUCAGUUGCAACUGGUGACGAUCAUACUGUCACUAAGAGGAGGAAAGUUGCCGGAGAUGAUGGUAAUGACAGCGAUGAGGAAACCAAGAGAAGUAAGAUGCCAGAACCUGGACAUACCAGUGGCAGAGGAAGGGGUAGGGGAAGAGGCAGGGGUCGUGGUCGAGGAAGUAGAACAGUAGAUCAAGAGAUGACUACACAUGUCAAGUUUGAAGACGAUUCCGAUGUAUUGAAGCAAAAUGACAAGCACACUCAAAGCAAUGAAAGCUUGGAAAAUGUGUCAGAAGUUAAGCAGAGUUUUCCAGUUAACGAACCGGCUGAAGUAUGCAUUCGAAAUUUUGACUUAAAUUUGAACCCAGAUGAGGACAUGGAUUUGUUAGUACCAACUCCUGUCCCAACUAGUUCAUCAACAAAAUCAAUGUCAGAAGAGAAGCAUGAGGAAUACCCUGGAUGGUCCUUGUCUGAUGUGGAAAAAAUGGCAAUUGAUCCCAUGCAACUGGCCAACUUAAAUAGAAGGACUGAUGAAGAUGAGGAGGAUUAUGAUGAAGAAAUCUAGAUGAACCUUUAAUUGUUGAUUUAAAUAUGGCUUCUGAUGUAGGUCAGACAUUUGAAAUUUCUGAUGGAGAGUUAGAAUAGAUUUUUUAGACGUAUCCUUAGUGGUUAGGAAGAUUAGGAGGGAUAGGACAUUGAAUACUCUCCUUAGUUUAGGCUAAAAGUGGAAAUACUAUUCCUUUUAGAAAUAGGCAGUGUUGUAAUUUUAGAAAUUGUAAUAGGCAUUGCCUAUGGUAGGCACUACCUUAAGAUUUUAGGUGUACGUUGGGAGUUGGGACUUACUUCACGUACCUCUCAAAAUUUGAUGGGGAUGGAUGGCUCCCUUAGGCAAUGCUUUUACAAGUAUUUUCUUUAUGAUCUUGUUCUCCCAUUAAUCACAGUUUGUACAUCUACUUCCCCAAGCUUUUUGCAAGAUCCUUAAACUUUUGAUUACUUUCU